AUGGCGGUGUAUUUUGACCACCGCGUGGACGCCCCCGAGAAUGUUGAUGUGCCGAUCACAUUGGCAUGGCACUCCACCAUUCCCAUACUGGCUGUGGCCUCAAGCAGCCGUGCAGCUGGAGGCAAUGUAGACCUCUACUUACAACAGGGGGAAUAUGUGGAAAACUGUCAUGCAGAACGUCCUCACCAGCCCACUGUGCUACGCUGGCAUCCAUCUAAGGCUGUAUUGGCACAGGGCUGGGAGAAUGGAGAAGUAGUGCUGUUGACACACCCGUCUGGAGAUCAAACAGUACUGCCCAGUGUGCAUACAGCCAGCAUCACACUGCUCGAGUGGAGCAGUUUUGGUAGCCGCUUGGUUACCGGUGAUCAGACAGGAGUUCUAGCAGUUUGGAAAUUAGAUGCCAGAGGGAGACUUCAAGGAAACCAUCUUGUAAAACAUGAAUACAACAAAGCUCUAACUUGCUGCAUCUUCAAACCUACCUCACCUGGGAUUGAUGUAGCAAAGCUGGCUCGGGCAUCAGUGAGUGGAGAUGAAAGAGCUCUGGACAUGUUCAGCUGGAAGGGCGCCCCUCUGAAGAUGGGGCCUCAGGAAGGGCUUGCAUUCUAUGUUAGCACUGCCGAUGGUAAAGUCCACAGUGUGGAUGAACACUGUAAGACAAACACGAUCCUUAGUGUCGAAAGCUCUAUCAGGAAGCUGUUUUACCUCGAGAAGAGAGAGACUCUCGCAGUGAUCACAGACACUCUAAUGCUGUCACAGUACACACUUGGACCCGAAGGUGGAGCACACGAGUAUAUGAAGGUUAAGUUGAGCAGCCAGUAUGGACAGAGUGUGGACAUCGUCUGGACGGUGAACAGCCUCCUCAUAACUGCGACAGGAGAACAAGUCAUCAGGCUGUGGGACCUGGAAAGAGAUGACAACUACAUCUUGUCUCUUGACGAGCGGCUGGGGUUUGAGAAGGGGGAGAUGAUCAACUGUGUUUCAUACUGCCCAGCAAAAGAAAUUCUGGCUGCUGGAACCUCCAGUGGGCGGAUAGCAAUGUGGAAGAUGGUGGUGCAGCCAAACAGCAACAGGGCAGACACCAAAGCCCUGUGGAAACUACAGACACCCACGGAAAUAGAGGGAAAUAUCACUCAGCUUCAAUGGGGCUCCAGCCAGAAUCUCUUGGCAGCAAACAAUUCAAAGACAGCCUUGAUCCUCUGCGAGCAUGUGAUGUCAGCUCACUUCAGUCAGCAGGUGGCAGCAGUGCAGCUUACGCCCACCCAGCUCAGCAUCACUCACUUCACCACAGGGGCGCCCCUUGCUCUCCAGUCUGAUAUGCAUAUCAAAGGAGUGUGUGUUACAAAGGACACUGUGACAGUCUGGAAUGGGAAAGUAGUCACCGUGUAUGAGCUUUCAGGAACAGUGCCCCGCAAUACAGGAUCAUUUCCUUGUGAUUCCCAUGUAGUAGCUGUACACGGUGAGAACCUCUAUACGGUCGAACCGAACAGGGUACAAAUCCGUACACCACAGGGCACAGUAAAGCAGCUCUUAACUUUCUCCAAGUCGGAGGGAAACCCCGUGCUGCUUAGUGUGUGCCAGUCUUACCUGGUAGUGGGUACAGACACGGCUCACAUUAGAGUUUUUGACCUGUCUAGAAGGGAUGCCAAAGCUCACUGCAAUGCUAAAAACGUAUCUGACCAUAUUGCCAAUCUGGGAGCUUUGAGGUCAGUUAAGUGUAAUGCCAAUGGCAGCCAAGUCAGCAUUCUAAUCUCUCAGGUAAAUGGACGACCUGAUCAUAAAGUGUACUUUUACGACAUUGAGAUGGACACUGUGAUACACUUUGACUUCUUCAUCGGCAGGCCAUCCACUGGGGUGUCGCAGCCAGAAGAAAAUGAGAAACUGCAGUUUCAGGGGACAGAAUUCAGUGGACGAUGUCCUAUGUCUCAUUUCUGGGAUGAGAGUGAACCCCGCCUUUUUGUUUGUGAGACAGUGCCCAUUAGCUCCGACUCCUCUUCAAAUAGCUCUUUGGAUUCGGUGGAUGUGUCAGUGGUGACACUCUUCUGUACACAGGAGAAUGGACUCCUCCUACAGGAUUGCUACACUAAACCCACAGGCCUGCAGGCCCUCCUUGCUCUAGAUGUGCCCUACUAUUAUUUCAGCUGCAAGCCGGGUGAGAAAGAUCCAGGCUCAACCGAGGCAUCAUCAAAUCAGACCCAGCCAGCAACAGGGGACCCGGGCCAGUUCCACCAUAUGGUGUCCAGAAGAGCUCUUAGAGACUUUGUGGGGCUGGAGAAUUGUGAGAAGUCCACUCGUGAUGCCAUGCUCAACUUCAGCUUCUAUCUGACCAUUGGUGACAUGGAUGAAGCCUUUAAGUCUAUCAAGCUCAUCAAAAGGUAG